GGUGAUUGGGGCGGUACUGCAGCUCCCACUGUACAUAGCGAGGAGUAAACAGGUAGAAAAGCAGAGGAGCUGGCUGGAGAUAUAUAUAUACAGAGCCAUGGCAAGCGACCCACCACCUCCCUACCCUGGAGGACCCACGGCCCCCCUGUUAGAGGAGAAACAUGGAACAUCUGGCGUGGAAGAUGACAAUAGACAAUAUCCUGGGGUCUUUCCAGGAGGUCCAAUAUACGCACCCCCAGAUUCAGGGCCUCCUCCCUAUGAAGCCCAGCCUGGAUACAUUUCUCCAAACCCAGGAUUCUUCCCACCUCCUUCUGGGCCCUAUGCACCAAUGGGGUAUUACCCACCCACAUCUGGGCCUUACCCAGCUCCGUACCCAUCUCCUGACUUUCAUGGCACCACCGUGAUCGUUCCCCCAGGAGCCAGUGCUUCAUCUGCUGCCACCACCACGGUGACUGUACUACAGGGGGAGGCCUUUGGCAGCAAUCCUGUGCAGACCGUGUGCCCGCACUGCCAACAGCCAAUUGCUACCAAAAUAUCUCAUGAGAUCGGACUCAUGAACGUCUUGCUGUGCUGCUUCUGCUGCUUUGUUGGAUGUGACCUGGGCUGCUGCCUCAUCCCUUGCAUGAUAAACGAUCUGAAAGAUGUCACCCACACUUGUCCAAACUGCAAGGCCUAUAUCUACACCUACAGAAGGAUGGGCUAAAGAUCCCAGGCCACAUGCAACUAGUUGUCCAUGCCACUUCACGUCCACCUUAAUCCUUCCAUCAUUUCAUCUCCAUUUAUACAUUACUGAGGAGCUGUGAAUUUUCCAAUUUCGAGUGACAUUGAAUGAUGCCUCUCAGGCACAGAAAAGGGAUUUUGUGUCAAACUUGGUUUAUUGUUUCCGUUAAAAACAUUUCAGAGGGUAGACCAGCAGGCGGUCUUCUCCUGGUUGGAUUUGAAAAAAGUUUAGUAGUGGAUGCUGUGACUGUAGAUGCAUCCAUUGCUUUUAAAUGUUCUUAAAUUGAAUUUGCCUUUUGCUCUAUAGUGGUUAUAAGGUCUCAUUACUCGGCAUAUCCUGCAUCUGAUCUUAGAAGAACCCACUAAUUCAUGUUUUAGCCGUCCACCACCGAAAGACUGUCCUUACUCUGAUAAUUUGAACUGUCUGCUGGAUUCCCUACUAUGAUGUGACGUUCUCCAGAUGGUAAAACCUCGAACAAUUGUCUACUUGAUUUUCAGAAAGUAUAAUCUAAUGCUCUGCAAAAGUUAACCCCUUUUACUGCAGACGUUUUAUUGCAGGUUAGCAGCACUGGCAGUAGAGGUGUACAAGAAGUUCUACGUUGAGUGGAAUCCCAUACUAGGAGUAAUAUUUAAGUGUACGCUAAUAUGUCAAUUUAAUCUCUGAGCCUGCAGCGCAUGGAAUAUUUUCUCAAACCCUAUUGGUGCAUCUCACUAUGAUGCUGCACAAGGAAUGGUCUCAUUGGCCAAUGCUGCUACAUUUAACCCACUUUCCUCCACUUUCACUAUUUUUGGAAUUAGUUGAUCUGUGGGGGUAGAAUCGUUGUUGUUUUUUUUGUGUUUUUUUUUUUUUUUUUCUUUUCUUUUUAUUUCUUUUUUUUUUAUUCCAUCAGGUAGUUUCAUUUUGAAAUUUUAUAUACGAAGAUCUCUUAAAGAUCUCAUGAAUACCUUAUGCACUGGAGCCUUGUACUCAAUACUUACUUUCUCUCUGAUUUGCAUGUUUAAAAAAAAAAAAAAAUAAUUACGUUCUCUUGCCUGUGGUUUAGAAUGCUUAGUUUUUAUAAUCGCAAAAGGAAAUGGCAAUUUAUUGUUAGUUUUU